AACCAAUCAGCGCUUGCGGGCCGGCCUCCGCCUUUUCAAGUCCCGCCCUCCUCUUUUAAUCCUGGUCGUUUCCGUCCAGCAGCCUUAGAGCCACGCGGCACAGCCUGGGUGUCUCCUUCCCUGUUGGCGCCACUUUCCAUAUCCCCCGGCUGCUUCCUAUUUGCAUCUGGAAAUCUGAUUUUUCUCUCCAGAGCCCGAAACGCUCAGUCCUUCUAGGACUCCAGUACCCAAGAGUCCGAAAUUCGAGACCCGGGAUAACGGGUCUCCUGGGUUGAGCUUCUUGAAGACCUCGGCUACCUGAGCGACCUUAGUCCUUGAGGGAGUCAAAGACCCCUAAGCGUCCUGGUCUGAAGAACGUUCUCCACUCCAACAAAAAAGAAAAGCUACUCAGGCUCUCUCAACUCCCAGUUUUCGGGGAUUCGACAUCACCGGGAAAAAUAAAGGGAUCUCUGCGCACAGCCCAGGGAGCUUAGGACCCUCUAGUCUCCGAGAUCCAGUGGACGCACAACUUCGAGGACCGCUGCAAAGUUUCAGCCUCCACUCUCCGUCUUAAGGACGUCACACCCAGUCUCCGGGUGCCUUAGGAACCCCCUUGUUGCGGCUCAGUAUGGCAGUGGAUCCUCCUAAGGCUGACCCCAAAGGGGUGGUGGCAGUGGAUUCCACCGCGAACGGUGGCCCCACGCUGGGAUCCAGAGAGGACCCGGGUGCGAAAGCAGGUGGUUGCUGCAGUUCCCAGGACCAGGUGCGCCGCUGCCUUCGCGCCAACCUGCUGGUGCUGCUCACGGUGGCAGCGGUGGUGGUUGGCGUGGUGCUAGGGGUGGGGGUCUCAGCGGCGGGCGGUGCUGACGCGCUGGGCCCCGCGCGCCUGACGGCUUUCGCCUUCCCGGGAGAGCUGCUGCUACGUCUGCUGAAGAUGAUCAUCCUGCCGCUCGUGGUGUGCAGCCUGAUCGGAGGUGCAGCCAGUCUGGACCCUAGCGCGCUCGGCCGUGUGGGCGCCUGGGCGCUGCUCUUUUUCCUGGUCACCACACUGCUCGCGUCGGCGCUCGGCGUGGGCUUGGCCCUGGCGCUGAAGCCGGGCGCCGCCUUUACUGCCGGGAACGACUCUGUUGUAGAUACCUGUGGCCACAAUGCACCCACCAAAGAGGUGCUGGAUUCCUUUCUGGAUCUUGUGAGGAAUAUUUUCCCCUCCAAUCUGGUGUCUGCUGCCUUCCGCUCUUUCUCUACCUCGUAUGUACCAAGCCAAAAAUGCAUCGGGAAUACUACAGAAACCUGCUCCUGUACAGGACAGAGAGAGAAUGUAACCAUGAUCCAGUUUGGCCGCGAGGUGGAGGGGAUGAACAUCCUGGGCCUGGUGAUGUUCGCUAUCGUCUUUGGUGUGGCUCUCAGGAAGCUGGGGCCCGAGGGUGAGCUGCUCAUUCGUUUCUUCAACUCCUUCAAUGAUGCCACCAUGGUCCUCGUCUCCUGGAUUAUGUGGUACGCCCCCAUUGGCAUAUUGUUCCUGGUGGCCAGCAAGAUUGCGGAGAUGAAAGACGUCCGCCAGCUCUUCAUCAGACUCGGCAAAUACAUCCUGUGCUGCCUGCUGGGCCACGCCAUCCACGGGCUCCUGGUUCUGCCUCUCAUCUACUUCCUCUUCGCCCGCAAAAACCCCUAUCGAUUCCUGUGGGGCAUCAUGACGCCCCUGGCCACAGCUUUCGGCACCUCUUCUAGCUCUGCCACAUUGCCCCUGAUGAUGAAGUGUGUAGAGGAGAAGAAUGGCGUGGCCAAGCACAUCAGCCGGUUCAUCCUGCCCAUCGGCGCCACGGUCAACAUGGACGGGGCGGCGCUGUUCCAGUGUGUGGCGGCGGUGUUCAUCGCACAACUAAAUGGGGUGUCCCUGGACUUCGUGAAGAUCAUCACCAUCCUGGUCACAGCCACUGCAUCCAGUGUCGGGGCUGCGGGUAUCCCUGCAGGGGGCGUCCUGACCCUCACCAUCAUCCUGGAAGCAGUCAGCCUCCCGGUCAAGGACAUCUCCUGGAUCUUGGCUGUGGACUGGCUAGUGGACAGGUCCUGUACUGUGCUCAAUGUGGAAGGAGAUGCUUUUGGGGCCGGACUGCUUCAGAGUUACGUGGAUCGUACCAAGAUGCCAAGCUCAGAGCCUGAGUUGAUCCAGGUGAAGAAUGAGGUGUCUCUGAAUCCAUUGCCCCUCGCCACAGAGGAAGGGAACCCCCUCCUGAAACAGUACCGGGGACCGGCUGGGGACUCCAGUGCCACAUGUGAAAAGGAAUCUGUCAUGUGAAUAUCAGGAGGAACUUUCUGUGCCCUGGUGACUUCACAUUGGAAGCCACCGGGGUCUUGAGAGCUGGAGAAAUGGAGUGGGCGCUAGGGGUGGGCUGUUUACACACUCUGGGAGUCUAGGGGUUCCUAUCUCCUUCCUGGAGAGGCUAAUGGGAGCCUCACUGCUGGAGUGCAUGUGCUUAUACACAAAUGUGUCCGCAAGUCUCCCCCCAUCCUGUCCCCCAUUCAAAGAAUGGCAUUCUCUGUCACCCAGAGCCAUCUGGCCUAACCAUCUCAGAAAUGGAUUGCCCUGUAGCGUUCUUUACCCUUUGAAGGCAAAAGUAUUGUAAUGAAAUACUAUCUUAAUGUCCCUAGCUGUGGUGUGUGAGUGUGUGUAUGUGUAUGUAUGCGAGCACGUGCGUGGCCACUUGCUGUGACCUUCCUAGUAGUCCCUCCAUGACAACUAACACUCCUAUGAACCCUGAGGAAAAGCCAAGAAUAAAUGUCACUCCAGAAUACAUUUUUUAGCAAUAAAAUAAAUGGUGUCAAAUAUA